CUCUAUCUAUUGUGUACAUAUUUUGGCGAGAAGAAAAAAAAUGGCCUCUGUACAGCACUACCAAGCUCAUGAAAUGAGUGAACUAGCCACCUCAGACGAAUUUAAUGAUGACUACCCUAGCAACUACCCCAGUAGUUACCCCAGUAGUAGUAGAGAAGGGGCACCCUUGUUGGGAGAUAAUGCUUCCCAAGAAAGUCUUUUGAGUCCCACCUCUACUCUAGCACCAACACUUCAACACAAACCAUCAUUUUUCAACCGUCUUCGCAGCCUCUUUCAUCGAGACAACCAGGCUAGAUUCGGUCCCAUUGAUUCUGAGAGUGGACCUGAGAAUAAUAGUACACUCAAAGCUAGGAAAUCACGAGGAUGUGGUGUUCGUAUUUCUGGCUGCUUUGUUUGUCUUUUAGUUUCAGGGCUGGCAUUGUUCCUAUUCCUUCUCACAAGCACACUAUAUCUGUCACCAGCAUCCCUUCCUCCAACUCGUCUGCCUGACAAAUCAACAAACACUACUGCACAAUUCCUAACAUUGAAUAUCUUCAUGCGCCCGCCUGGUGUAAAGAAUAAUGCGGACGACUACAAGGACGAACGACUGGAUUAUAUAAUUCGUUACAUUCUUCCAGAGUAUGACGUAGUAGCUAUACAGGAGGCAUUCGCAUUUGCAAACCGGCGUAUUGAUCGCCUUAUUCGGGAAGCAAGAUACCUUGGGUUCAAUUAUCAUGUUGCUUCGCCACGCCACUACCCAUGGGAAUUAGCGGCAGACGGCGGCUUAUUGUUACUUUCAAGGUUUCCCAUUAAACAGUCAGACGUUCUUGAAUUUCCGCGUGGGCUUCACAGCGACUGGCUUUCGUGUAAAGGUGCACUCCAUGCGUUGAUAGAACUUAAUGCUACUCGUCGAAUUCAUCUUUAUACAAGCCACACCCAAGCCUCGUACGAUGUCCAGGGGGCAUUUAAUGAGGAAGAUACCCGAAUGCGAUACUCUCAGUUUGGAUUAUUGCACCGUUUCAUACAUUCCACUACUGCACAAGACACUGAUCCUAUACUGUUAACUGGUGAUCUUAAUGUCGAUGCAUCCGCACACAACCAGUCUACCCCAACUGCAAGCUCAAAAGCUUACACUCAGAUGAUGGAUAUACUCAGUGGAAAAGGUGUCUGGGACACUUCUCUCCACGAAACUAUGUGGAAUGACACCUGGCGUGUGGAUUGGAAAGAUAUGGGAUAUACAACUUUUGGGCACCAUCCUGUUACUUUUGGAGAUAAGCUCAUAGUAAACCACACAGAAGUUCCUGCAGAAACCGCCCUGACCCACACAGACCAAUGGAUGACCCUCCAAAGCUUAGAUCGCAUUCUCUGGGCAAGUAGAAACACCACAGAACUCGCCAUUCAUAAUGUCACUAUCGAGCCAUUCGCUGUUCGAGAUAACACAGCUUUAACCAAGCAACAAAAGGCUAAAAUGCAUUUUUCACAGAUAUCAGAUCAUUAUGGUAUGAGCUGCAAUGUCCAACUCCUCUAAUUCAUACAAUUCAUUAAUAAUAAAAUUACCAUACAUUCUACUUUUAACG